UCUCAUAUGAUCAUGACCUUUGCAAAGUAUGCAAUUGGUGAGUGGUCGUUGACCUUAGAUCAUCAUAGAGUUUCUUCAUAAGUUACCGUCGAAACCUUUUCGUUUUCGUACUAAUCCACCAUCAAUCCAUGUCUUACCAAUCAGCAGAACGAAUCCCCACUCGAUCAUGGAAGUACGAUGUGUAUCUGAAUUUCCGAGGCCAAGACACUCGCCACGGAUUCAUCUCAUUUCUCUAUCAAGGUUUCAAGAAUGCUGGGAUUCAUGCUUUCCCUGAAGAUGAGGAGCUAAUGAGUGGAGGGAGAUCGCAUACACGGUACUUCAAGCAAUAGAAGGUUCUAGAGUUUCGGUUGUUGUUCUGUCAGAAGGUUAUGCUAGUUCAAGAUGGUGGCUGGACGAGUUGUCGAAAAUAAUUGAGUGUAGAGCGACCAUAGGUCAGAUUGUCCUCCCAGUGUACUACAAUAUCAAUCCGACAUAUGUACGCCACCAGCGAGGUUCUUUUGAAAAAGAUUUUGCAAAACAUGAGGAAAGACUCUCAUCAUCACUUGAGAAAGUCCAAAGAUGGAGGUCAGCGCUGACUCAAGUUGCUAACAUUGGCGGAUUUGAAAUCAACAAAGGCAGCAACAGAAAUGAAGCUGAAGUUGUGGGAAAGAUUGUGGAACGUGUAACAUCGCUGCUAGUUUCGGAAGAGUUGUUCAUCACAAAGCAUCCAGUGGGAGUAAAAUCUCGCAUGCAAGAUGUGGUUCAAAUAUUAGAUUGUCAUAUGCGAAAAGACGAUAAUGUCGUGCUAAUUGGACUAUGGGGGAUGGGAGGAGUGGGUACAACCACCUUUGCCAAAACUGUUUAUAAUAAAUACUGUCAUAUGUUUGAAUGUCCAAAGUUCCUCCCAAACAUUAGGGAGAUGUGGAAGAAUAACCAACAGGUUUUUCUACAAGAACAACUAUUGAAUGGUAAAGACUUACAAGGCAUAAAAAUAAAAAACAUUGAAUCAGGAGUAGCUAUAUUAAAGAGAAGACUUUGCACGAAAAAGGCAUUAGUUGUACUUGAUGAUGUGAAUAAUAUAGACCAGCUGAAUGCAUUGUGCGGAAGUCGAGAAUGGUUUGGUGCAGGGAGUAGAAUAAUCAUCACAACAAGAGAUAGACGUCUGCUUUGUAUGGUUGGAGUUGAUCAUGUGCACCGAGUGACUGAAAUGGAUUACAAUGAAUCUCUUGAACUUCUUUGUUGGAAUGCAUUUACGCAAGCAACUCCUUUAGAAGAGUUUGCUAGACUUGCAAAAGAUGUAGUUGCAUAUUGUGGGGGGUUGCCAUUAGCCCUUGUAACAAUUGGUUGUCAAUUGUUUGGAAAGACGAUAGAAGAGUGGGAGACUGUAUUAGAUGGACUCAAACGGUUUCCCCAUCCGGAUGUACACAAAGUCUUGAAAAUGAGCUAUGAUGACUUAAAUGAUGACACACAAAAAGAAAUAUUUCUUGAUAUAGCUAGCUUUUGUAUUGGCAUGGAAAGCGGGGAGGUACUCAAAACACUAAAUUAUGGCUUUGGACUUGGCAAAGUUGCAGGAAUUGGUUUCCUUGAAGAGCAGAGUCUUAUAACAUUUGAUGACAAAAACAGAGUUCGAAUGCAUCCGUUGUUGCGAGAUAUGGGAAGAGAAAUCGUUAGAGAGCAAUCUCAAACUCAGGCUCAGGGAAGGAUGUACGAUGUUUUCUUGAGUUUUCGAGGCAAGGACACUCGUUCAACAUUUACUUCACAUCUCCAUGCAUCUCUUCAAAAUGCCUCAAUUACCGUUUUCAAGGAUGAUGAUGAACUUCAAAGGGGAGAACGGAUCUCAAUCUCAUUGUUAAAAGCAAUUGGAUUGUCUGCAUGUUCUGUCAUUGUUAUUUCAACCCACUAUGCUGAUUCAAGAUAUUGCCUGCAAGAGCUUGAGAAUAUCAUGGUAUGCCAUAGAACAAAAGGUCAAGUGGUUUUUCCAAUAUUCUAUGAAGUAGAUCCCUCAGAUGUGCGUUAUCAAAAGAAACAAAGUAAAUUUGGCAAAGCCUUUGAAGAUUUUAUAAGUCGAAGAUCAGUGGAAGAAGAUAAAGUGCAAAGUUGGAGAGCAGAUCUUCGUGAAGUGAGUAACUUUUCAGGAAUUACUGUCAUAAACUCCAGGAAUGAAAGUGAAGAUAUCAAAAGAAUUGUUGAGCAUAUUAGUCGUUUACUGGAUAAGACAGAGUUAUUCAUUGCAGCCCAUCCAGUGGGGGUACUAUCUCGUAUGCAAAAGGUGAUUGAAAAAUUACACAAUCAACAAAGAAAAGAUGUUCUGAUUCUUGGGAUAAAGGGCAUGGGGGGCAUCGGUAAGACAACUAUUGCCAAAGCCAUCUUCAACAAACUUGGUCGCAAUUUUGAGGGCAGAAGCUUCCUCCUAAACAUUAGAGAAACAUGGCAGCAAGAUAAUGGAAAGGUUUCCUUGCAAGAGCGACUUCUUCACGAUGUAUUCAGAUCAACAACAAGAAAGAUACAUAAUAUUGAUUCAGGGAAGCAAACAUUAAUGGAAAGCCUUAGAACUAAAAGGGUACUCAUUGUGCUUGACGAUGUGGAUAAUUUGGACCAACUCAAUGCGUUGUGUGGAAGUCGUGAUAGGUUUGGUCCAGGUAGUACAAUACUUGUUACAACAAGAGAUGAUCAUCUUCUUAGAUUGUGCGGUGUUAACCACACAUUCGACAUAGAAAAGAUGAAUACAGAUGAAUCCCUUGAGCUUUUCAGUUGGCAUGCAUUCAAGCAAGCAUAUCCAAAGGAUGAAUUUUUUAAGCUCUCUAGAGAUGUAGUUGAAUAUUCUAAUGGAUUGCCACUGGCAUUGGAAGUUCUCGGGUCCUAUUUGUUUGAUAGGGAAAUCAAGGAGUGGCAGAGUGCAUUGGAUAGACUGAAAUCAAUCCCCAACAAUAGAGUCCAGAAGAUACUACAAAUAAGUUUUGAUGGUUUGAGUGAUGAUAAUGAAAAGGAAAUAUUCCUUGACAUUGCGUGCUUUUUUAUUGGGAUGGAUCGAAAUGAUGUUGUGAAGAUAUUAAAUGGUUGUGGGUUCCAUGCAGAAAUUGGAAUCAGGGUCCUAAUAGAGCGAAACCUUGUAACUGUUGAUAACAAUAAUAUGCUUGGAAUGCAUGAGCUGCUACAAGAAAUGGGGAGAGCAAUAAUUUGUGAGAAAUCACCUGAACUUGAAGAGCGAAGUAGAAUAUGGUACAAUGAAACACUGCUCCAAAUAUUAGAAAAUCAUGAGGGAACAAAUUUGAAAGCUGUUAAGGGAUUGAGUUUGAAGUUGCCAACUACCAAUUCAAUUUGUUUGAGUACAGAAGCAUUUAAGACUAUGAGUAGACUCAAAUUGCUUCAACUCGCCAGUGUACAACUUAAUGGAGAGUUCAAACAUGUUUCAAGAUAUCUUAGAUGGAUGAGUUGGCAUGGACUUCCUCUGACAUACACACCUAAAGACUGCUAUCAACCAAACAUAAUUUCCAUUGAGUUAGAAAACAGCAAACUCAAAGUUUUUUGGAAGGAGGCCCAGUUGUUAAGGCAGUUGAAGAUUUUAAAUCUUAGUCAUUCUCACGACUUGAGAACAACCCCAGAUUUUUCAUACUUACCUAAUCUUGAGAAGUUAGUACUCAAAGAUUGUACAAAUUUGUCUUCGAUUUUCCCCACCAUUGGAAGUCUAGAGAAAAUCCUUCUUAUCGAUUUAGAAGGUUGUACAAACCUUUUACUUCCAAGAAGCAUAUACAAAUUGAAAUCUCUUGAAACUCUCAUCAUCUCUGGGUGUUCAAAGAUUGACAAGUUAGAGGAAGAUGUGGAACAAAUGGAAUCUUUGGCAGUGCUAAAAGCAGAUAACACUGGCAUAAUACAAGUGCCCAAUGCGCUAUCAAAAUUAAGAAACAUGGUAUAUGUUGCUGUGGGUGGCUACGAAGGAAUGGCACGUGAUGUGAUUCCUUUAGUCAUGUUUUGGUCAUGGACCUCUCCAACUAAUAUGUUGUCUGCAAUUAUGGAAAAAUGUUCAUCGGGCUCUUCAUCAACUGUUUUCAUGGAUGUAACACUACUAACAAAUAGUCCACGGAUGGCAAAAUGCGAUCCACGGCUUCAUAUUGUUGGAGAUCUAUCUUCGGAUACUGACAAUAAUGUGGCAAAGUGCAAUGACUUAUUGUCGAUGGAUAUUUCUGAAUCAAUAUCUUCGAAUUUCCUUUUGAUUCAAAUGGGGUUGGACAACUCACUUACACAGAUAAUUCAAAAGACCAUUUCACAGAACAAUGAGCUUGGAGAUUACCUAAUCCCUUAUGACAACAAUAAUCCGGGUUUGUUAGCAUUCAGUGGUGAAGGUUCCUUGGUGAAAUUUCAAGUUCCUCAAACGAAUGAGCCUAACUUGAAGUCUAUGAUGUUGCGCAUUAUUUUCUGUUCUUCCACAUGCAUCACAACAACAGAAGGUCUUGUUGUUGAAAAUGUGCGUAUCAUAAAUCAAACAAAGAACACAUCUAACUUAUAUGAGGGAGAUAAGUUAGCUUCAUUCAAAGAUGAAGACAGGUUGACCUUAAUGUCAAAUCUAGAACCUGGUGACACAGUGCAGGUCAUUGCUGCUUUAGGGUCUGGGUUCAUUGUGAAGAAGACCAUAGUUUAUCUCAUAUAUGGUGAAGAACCACCAACUGAGAAAAACUCACAGUACUGGAAUGAGGUUGAUAUUGUUCCUUCUAUUGGUGAUGUUGUUGUAGCUGAUGUGAAUGGAAACGCUUUGGGUGUUGGUAUCAUUGCAACAGAUGAUGAUGAAGAUGUUACUGUUUUUGGUGUUCAUGAAGCGGUAGCUGGUAUGAGUGAAAUUGUUUCUGGUGUUGAUGCUAUGGCAGAAUAUAAGGAUGAUGUUACUGUUGCUAGCGUUGAUGAUGAUACGAUAGCCAAUCUGAACAGACAUGCUUCUAGUUCUAUUACUGAUAGCAUACCACCAAGUACUAAUGGUCUUGGUGCUAAUUAUGUAGCAGCAACUGAUAUGAAUGCAAGUUCUUCAAGUGUUGAUGAUAUGCUAUUAGCAGAUGAUAAUAAUGAUGAUGAUGUUGCUGCCAUUGGAGAUCAAAAUGUAAAUAAUAAUCUCAAUGUUGCUGCCCUGGUAAAAAGACAGCCAGUUGAAGCCAUUUCAACCACCAUGAGUUUCGAUUCAAAAUCUGAAGGACUUAUUCCCUUAGUUCAGAUUCCUUUUGGUUCAAAUACAUAUUCUGAGCUUACUUUGACCAAGGAGACAGUAGAGAGAACACCUGAAACAAUCUGCAUUUCCCAUUCUGCUACGGAUCUUUGUGUUAAUCCUGCAUCACCAGUCACCACCAUAAUACCUAUGAUGGUUGCAGAAGAAGAUGAGCUUGAUGAAGAUAGUGAUUUGCUUAUUGCAGAGUUGGAUAAAACAUUGUCAGAUAGCUACAUUUUGUACUCCACUUCUGGAUCACCGGAAGUUCCAAGUCUCUCCAUUAUUUCAAUAUUUCAGAAAAUGCAACUUCUUUUGGAUAAUGAACCACAAGCUUUGGUAGGAGAUGUUAACAUCAAGAAUCAGCUUCUUGGAUCCCUGGCUCAAUUAGGCCAAAUAAUGGAGUCAUCACAAAUUCCUAAAGAUCUUCACUCUUUGAUUACUGAGAUUAGGCAUUUCUAUGAACCUUUUCUCAAUGAUUUUCCAUCUGCUCAAGAAGUGUUAGACAAUCAUCAAAGAUUAAUUGACUCAAAGAAUGGACUUCAAGAGAAGUUAGAAGCGGCUAAGGCCAGGCAGGGACACUUUUCUUCUUCAAUUUCUAAAGGAAAAGAAAGGGUCCAUGAGAUGUCAAAAGAAAUCAAUGAAUUGGAGGUGCAACUGAAAGCAUUGCAUGAGAAGAGGAAUAGGUUACAAUUCACUGUGGAACGUUGUGAGGUUGAAUCUGUAAAUAUCAAUAGGAAACUGGAAACUUUGGUAAAAGAGAAUGAAGAGGUUGUGAGCAGUCUCAAAGAAUCAGAAUCUGCAUUCAGAAAGGCUGAGUUGUCAAAGCAGAGUUAUGAGAGGAAGCUAGCAGUCUUGAAGCAAGCCCUUUAUGGCAACACUAGACAUUAGAAUUUUCUUCAAUUUUGUAAUAAUUAGAACAUUUAAUAUUAAUAAAAAGUUAUAGACUUGUGUUGGCCAUAGUGUCCAAACGAUAAUCACUC